UGCCCACAAGUGCAAAACUGAAGCUGAAGCUCAAGUAGAAAUUACACCAUUGUUUGAAAACAAAAUGUUAACAUUUUUACCAAGGACAAACACAUUUGGUGAGUAUUAGCUGAGCAAUAAGGAAAAAUCAAUUUCAAGAUAUAUUUAAAACAAUUCAGCAUUUGAACCAUCAGAGGGCCCUAGAAAGGCUGGUUUAAAGAGUAACAAGAUAAAAAUGUUGCUCGCCACAGAUAGAGGAAUUGGUCAAGACUUAUAAAAAGCCCGAGGUGGAAUAGGCAGCCACAACUCAGAAACUCCUCCAAGCAACCCAAACUUCAGACCAACUCCUGACACCAUGGCCUGCUGUCAGACCAGCUUCUGCGGAUUUCCCAGCUGCUCCACCAGUGGGACCUGCGGCUCCAGCUGCUGCCAGCCAAGCUGCUGUGAGACCAGCUGCUGCCAGCCACGCUGCUGUGAGACCAGCUGCUGCCAGCCAAGCUGCUGCCAGACCAGCUUCUGUGGGUUUCCCAGCUUCUCAACCAGUGGGACUUGUGGCUCCAGCUGCUGCCAGCCAAGCUGCUGUGAAACUAGCUGCUGCCAGCCAAGCUGCUGUGAGACCAGCUGCUGUCAGCCAAGCUGCUGCCAGACCAGCUCCUGCGGAACCAGCUAUGGCAUUGGUGGUGGCAUCAGCUAUGGCCAGGAAGGCAGCGGUGGAGCUGUGAGCACCCGUAUCAGGUGGUGCCGCCCAGACUGCCGUGUGGAGGGCACCUACCUGCCCCCCUGCUGUGUGGUGAGCUGCACACCCCCAUCCUGCUGCCAGCUGCACCACGCCGAGGCCUCCUGCUGCCGCCCGUCCUACUGUGGACAGUCCUGCUGCCGCCCAGUCUGCUGCUGCUACUCCUGUGAGCCCACUUGUUGAAAACCUCCUUCUGCUGGGAAUCCUAAUAAGAUGGCACUUUAAAACUAGCCAAAUUAGAAUCCUAACGAUCUUCUGAACUCCAGCACCUAUCACUGGACUUGCAACCUCUCAUCACACAGCCACAUAAAUUCUCUAGGAUGUAAAUUCAUUUACAAUGGAAGACUAAAUUUUUUUCCUAGACCUGGAUGUCAGCCAAAGUCCUACAAUGUGAAAAGA